GAGUCAGUAAAUAGGCCAAGAUAUCUCUUCACCUACUUGAUCACGUAUUAAACGUUAUGCAAUAGCCCCAUUAACCAGCGAUCAGGCGGACAAUUCCAGAUAUAUUUGGAACGUUUGCGUAAUUACGCACGUUCAGGUGCCCAAUGCGUUCAAGCCACAACAUUGCUUGCUUAGAAUGUGAGAGAAUGAGUGGCAAGCAGUGAACCAGCAUGCAAGAAGUGACAACCAGUGUGCACCUUGAUUCAAUUAUACCUUUUCAUGAAGAUAUUGUAAUUGUAACAGUGAGAGAUGAAGAUAAAACAGUUUAUCUAAUGCUAUACACACAUUAAACAUCUAUCCGCACAUACAACUAAGUCAAUUCACAGUCACUUAUCAUUUACCAGCAUUAAACACAGGAUGAAAAGGCUCAGGAACAACCUCUCUUUCAAGCCUGUCCUCAGGUGGUCUAACCUUUAUCUACUUGCCCUCAUUCAUGGUGAAAAUAGUGACCGAGGAAAGGGUACGAAAAAAAGGAAAACCUAGAUGUAAACAAGAUGUCUGUAAGAAACAAACUAAUAAAGGAUCCAAAUGUGUGUAAAACACCAAUAUCAUAGUGGGAGUUAAAAAGCAGCAAGGGAAUAAUCUAAUUUGAUUGAAAAGGUAUGUCUUUAAGAUGUGAGCCGAUCCGGAGGCCCCCAGGUCCCUCUGGCAAGGCUGCUCCACACAUGUUGUGUAAUAGCAAAAAAGGAGGGCAGAAUCUUGUAAUAUGUCCAAAAACUGACCAGUAUGGCUGAACUUGGUGCAGUUUAUCCAUGUUAAACACGCAGUGCGGUAGGACAUUACCUGUGGAAACUGUUUUCUGGAUCGCUGACUGUGACUUGUGAGGGUUAUCUGCUAAUUUGACUUAUUUCCACUGUAUCCACAUACAGAAUAGUAACUGUUGUUGUGUAUUUCUGCUUAAUUAGAGGCAGCAGGGCACUUUUUAAAUCCACACGAGCAGCCAAAAAAGCAGACAGGAGUGCAAAGAGCAGCAUCGUGUGCCGCUGUUAUUGUGAGCUCUCAAGCAUCAUAUUUAACACCAAACAAACAACACUUGAGUCAACUUACAACUCCAAGUAAAAUGUCACUGAGAAGUCAUCGCUAAGUGGAUAAUUAGCUGUGUGUAACCCAGAGCACAAACUGGGGUUUUGGAUGUAGUUUUAAAAAGUAAGAGCAAUUUGUGGGCUUUCUGAUGGACAUCUAAUAAGCAUGUUGUCAACAACAAAUCCUCCGGUUUCUACUUGUGAUCUUUGUGUAUUCAAGGCUUUGGUCUUCAGACCGGUUUAUCAAAACCGCCUUGAUACAUUUUCCUUCAUACUAUUCACGGACACCUUCAGACAGCCAGAAUACUUGGAGGUAUCGGAGCUCAUUUUCUUAACAUCAGAAACUUUUUCCAAGAUGUAUUAAAGAAUACAGUUUCGACUUGAUUUGGCGCUAUACAAAUAAAAUGUACUUUACUUGUCUCCUGUCAUUUGUGCGUGACAAACAAUUUUCAAGGACUUGAUAAUAAUUGACCGGACUAGAUAUCGUGCAUCCGAACAAAGAGGCCUCAGUUUGGUUGUGUCGCAGGUUAUUUUAUUGCAUCCUUACUGCCUUUAUAUCAGCACGUCAUCAUAUUAGUCUCUUCAAUUGUCUUUAUGAAAUAAUAUAAGUGCAAGUAAGUCAUACCUCAAAGACAUUACACUAAAAAGUUAAAUUCUACAUUUUAAACGGCAUGCGUACAAAAUAAUUGGCGGAAAGAAAUACUCUAGGUGUUAUCCUCAACAGUACAGAGAUCCAUAGGUGAUCAAUAACAAAGACUUGGAAACUUAAACCUCUUGUUAGAACCACAAAAUCCUUCAAAUUAGUUAUUUAAAGUUCAACAGAUAAAUGUGUCUGUUUUUUUGUGAAUCGAACAGUAAACAGAGGUAACACCAGGUCUGAGUGUAAUUGGAAGAUUUCCUACAUUAACAUCACAUGAUGGGACUGAAGGUGAUAAAUAUGUGGACAUGUGGUGUAGAGGCUCAAUGCCAUCACAUGCAGUUGAGUUGUGGAUCAGGACAAUAGUAACUCCAGCUGUGCUCGCUCUCUGAGAAAACAACAUAUUUCAACUACAGGCAGUUUGCUCGCUGGGCAGCAAGCUGUUAGGACACAAGCGCCGAAAUCUCCAGAACUCUCACCUCUCACGCUCCAGGGGCCCACUUUAGGACAGUCAAAAUGCCACAAAACAAUACUUUGAAAGACAACCAUGCAAAUUCUGAACUCGGUGGUGAAGAAUGGCCGUGGUCCAAGGCUGCAAAGAAUCCCGCUCCGGGCCUUGCUUCAAUGCAGUGGACUCCAGGACCUUUGGGCCGAGCCAUCUCCAUUGGCGUCGAGACUGUGCAGAGUGACCGGGCAGAGCUGGUCCCCAAGGCUGAGACCAAACUUUACCACCGUCGCUGGUUCAUGCUGUUUCUCUUCAGCGCCGUCUCAGCCAGCAAUGCCUUCAUGUGGCUUCAGUACGGCAUUAUUCGCAACAUAUUCAUGCGCUUCUACAGCAUUGACUCACUGGCCAUCGACUGGCUGUCCAUGAUCUACCUGCUCACUUACAUUCCGCUCAUUGUGCCCGUCUUGUGGCUACUGGAGAACAGGGGAAUCCGGGAAGUUGUCCUAGUUGGGUCGGCCUUUAACUGCAUUGGUGCUUGGAUUAAGAUUGGUAGUGCCGGUCCCAAUCUGUUCCCAGUCACCUUUUUUGGCCAGUUUGUGUGCUCAGUGGGUACCGUGUUCGUCCUUGGUAUUCCUUCUUACCUCGCCUCAGUGUGGUUUGGAGAGAAAGAGGUUUCCACGGCUUGUUCCAUCGGAGUUGUGGGAAACCAGCUGGGUAUUGCCAUCGGGUUCCUUGUUCCACCCAUCCUGGUGCCUAACGUGGACGACAUGGACGAGCUGGCUCACCACAUCAGCAUCAUGUUCUACAUCACAGCAGGAGUGGCUACCUUACUCUUCAUCCUUGUUGUCUGUGUCUUCCAGGAGCGUCCUAAACUUCCUCCGACUCAGGCCCAGGCCACCGCUCGUAGCAUCCCGCCAGAGCACUACUCCUACACCGCCUCCAUUCUGAGGCUUCUCCGAAACAGACCCUUCAACCUCCUCAUCGUCACGUACGGUUUGAACGUGGGUUGUUUCUAUGCUGUCGGCACCCUGCUGAACCGCAUGAUCAUCGAGCACUACGCUGGAGAAGAGGUGAAUGCUGGGAGGAUUGGCCUCACCAUUGUCAUUGCGGGGAUGGUCGGCUCCCUCAUCUGCGGCAUUUGGUUGGACAAAACUAAAACCUACAAGCAGACGACCCUCGCAGUGUACUUCAUGUCUCUGGUGGGGAUGAUAGUCUAUGCUGCUACACUCAAUCUGGGACACCUCUGGGUGGUCUUCAUCACCGCUGGAGCUCUUGGGUUCUUCAUGACGGGCUACCUGCCGUUGGGCUUUGAGUUUGCAGUCGAGCUGACGUACCCAGAGUCGGAGGGAACCUCAUCUGGACUCCUCAACUGUUCAGCACAGGUGUUUGGCAUUAUUUUCACCAUCUGCCAGGGGAAGAUCAUGGACCGCUUCGGCACACUGGCAGGAAACAUCUUCCUCUGUGUUUUUCUUCUAAUCGGCGCAAUAAUGACAGGCUUUAUUAAGUCUGAUCUGCGGAGACAAAAGGCAAACCUGAUGGCCAAAGCUGCAGCGGAGGGGCAGAUGUCGGGACAAGACUACGGAGGCACGGCGCUAAUCUCCCAGCAGCCGGAGACACCCUGAUCAAUAAACCUUUCUGCUUCCACAAAACAAAACAAAAAAUCUCCUCAAAUCUUAGCUCAACACGCAAAUGCACAAAGGUAGGCGCACAGAACAAUCAGCACACACUGUCAGUAUUCACCAACACCCGCUGCAAACCCUUCCACCUGUCACUGUUGAACCUGCCUUUGCUGUCUCUCACUCUGUUUCUUACGAUCACACUGAAUUCAAUUCACACAAUGAUUCCACUUAGCUUGUUUCAGAGACUGUUACAUGUUGGUACACAGAGACUUGGAUUGGAAACUACAUCAUGUAUAAAACUACAGUCUUAUUUAUUUGUGUGCUGUUUUGUAAUGUAUCCAUAUGGCCUUUUUGCCAGAGGAGACAUUUUGACAUGUAAAGCACAGGUGUAAAUGAUUAAAUGAAUGAUGGCUGACUUCAAUUUAGCUGCCUCAGUUGUAGGGCCCUGGUACGGACACAUUUGUGAGAGAGAUGCAGGGUAGAAAAUAAACCUUAAGGAUUGAAAGCUUAUGAGAAGAUCAACAUGUAAAGUUGCUUUUUUGUGCCUUAACCCGCUUGAGAAGUGCAGGACUAGCUAUUAGUCUCAGCCAGCCUUACAGAAGCGGCUUCAGCAGUUGAAUAGAUCAUUUUGGUGCUAUCUUUGGUCCUUUGCACCUUACGUCUAUCAGUAACCGGAAGCAACAGCCGUAGACGUGUACAGGUAAGAUGAUGUAAAAAAGAUCAUCUGGGCUCUUUUCAGUCGCAUGUUAUCUUCAUUUGUAGCAAUAUGUAUAUAAAGAUUGUCUAUAAAGAUUGAGCACAUUGGAAGGACAUAAUGUACUGUCGCGUUUAGCUGAACACGUGUUGGGGUUUUUAAUAUGGGUGUCACAGUUUUUGAUGAAUUCUCGGACUCAGCCACCAAUCAACUUAAAAUCUACAGACGAAAGACAACUUCUGUGCUGAAUCUAUAAAAAUGGUUGAAUUAACAAGCCUGUUUUGAUUGAUAGGGACCCUCCGACUGCCACAAUGGGAGCCUGGCUGCAGCCUCUAUAAUCAAGGAAGCCAAGUUUUAAACACAAAAACACACAAACGGUAACAUACCAGCCUUGGAAAGCGCCAUGAUCUCCGUCCUGUUGCAGUGUGACGUAUAGAACGACACAAUCAGGAAGUCGUUGGACCCACUUCCCUUCUAAGAAGAGUUAGAUUGUUAGAUGCAAGUAUUUAUAAAUAAAAACAAGUAAAAAAAAAAGGCUGAAUUAAAUCUGAUAAUGCACAAUUUGAGCAUUUAAAAAUGUAACGUUCAGAAAUAUUCUUUUUAAUAUUUAAUUGUAAAUUGAAACCUAUAUCUGAAAGAGAAAUCUGUAAAAUGGUAUGCCUCAACAAUUUUACAAGUCAGUAUUUUGAGUUUACAGUUUAUGUACAGUAUGUAUAUAUAUAUACAUACACAGUAUCGACGUUCUUGAGAGUGAUUUUGGGAGAUCUUUGUGAUUAAAUUAGUUUUUACAGCAGCAUAUUUAAAUCCACAGUAAGGGAUGAAAUAUUAAUUAUACACAAUUGUGUAAUAUUGUCCUUAACACUAUUCAUGUUUACUUGUUUAACAUGAAAUAAAACUUUUAUAAAG